AUGACAGCCAUUCCUCUGGAACAAUUCGAUGCUGUCCUAGGCAGCACCUCGACCGAGAUCUCCUCGGUCGCCCUUGGCGGUCGCAUCCUCUCCACCUCAGACGAGUGGUUUGCCCCCGCCUCCUCGCUCCUCAAAGUCGGUCCCGCUCCCUCGCUCAAGGGCCAAUUCGGACCCAAAGGCGCGCUCUUCGACGGCUGGGAGACGCGUCGUCACAACCCCACCUACGACUGGGUCAUCCUGCGCCUUGGCCCGCAGGCAGGCGGUCAGCUCGUCGGCUUCGACGUCGACACGGCCAACUUCAACGGCAACGAGGCGCCCGAGAUCUCGAUCCACGCGCUCGCACUGACGCCGCAGGAGGAGAGCGAGACGGGUAACGCGCUGGCCGAGAACGAUGCGAGGUGGGAAUGCGUCGUCCCCGUCUCACCGUGCGGGCCGAGCCAGAGGCACCUCUUUACGGUCGCCCAGGGCAAAGGUGACAAGGUGUAUACGCAUAUCAAGCUGCACAUGAUCCCGGAUGGAGGAAUUGCGAGGUUCCGAGUGUACGGUGUGAUUCCACCACCGCCGGUGGGGCAGGGAGAAGGCGAGGUGGUCAGCACGGAUAAUGCCGCGAUGAACGUGCUCGAUCUCGCUCACUGCUUGAACGGCGCCAGGGUGGUCUUCACGGACGACCAGCACUUUGGUGCUGGAAGCAACAUCAUCUUGCCCGGACGAGGUAAAGAUAUGGGCGAUGGAUGGGAGACCCGCCGUUCGAGAGGCAAAGGUCACUUCAACUGGUCGAUUGUCAAGCUUGGCGAGUCGGGCUUCCUCUCCUAUGCAGAAGUCGACACAGCUCACUUCCUGGGCAACUUCCCCGAAUCGACCGAAAUUCUCGGCACCGUCCACACCUCCCCUUCCAUCCCCAGCACCUCCGACGUCCAGUGGACCACCCUCCUUUCGCGCACGAAGCUCGGUCCUGGUCGUCGACACUUCUUCCCACUCCUCGAGAACACCACCCCUUUCACGCAUGUGAUGGUCAAGAUGCAUCCGGAUGGCGGCAUCAAGCGGUUCCGGGUGCAUGGUCGUCGUGCGUCCCCGAUCCUCGCUGCCAAUCUCCCCCUGGCUAGCCUGCCAGCGGUGAGCGUGCCGCAGGACAUCCAAGACCCUCUGCCGUCGGCUACAUCCGACCCAUUCGCUCCCGUAAGUGCCCUUUCUUCUACCCCGACGACGACGAUGGGCAUCGUGGUGCAUGGCACCUUCCUUGCCGCUUCGCCGCUCACCAGCGAGGCCUUUGCGCCGUACGGCGCGGUGAUCGAUGGACCCUCGUCGCGCAACCCAAUGGAAAAGGCGUUCAAGGUGGUCAAUCAGGGCACGGCGAAAAAGUACCUCAACCUGGCCGAGAUCGUGAACGACUACCCGACGGACGCAGGGGCGAGGACGAACAUCCACGUGUACCGCUGCGAUCCAGCGACGACGAUGCCGUUCGAGGUGAAGCUCCUCGAACGACACCGGUUUACCACGCAGGCAUUCAUCCCGAUGGUCCCUGUUGGUGGGAAGCAGGAGGGCUUCUUGGUGGUUGUCGCGCUCAAUUCCAAAGAUGACAGGCCGGACCUGAACACCAUCGGCGUGUUUGAAGCAACAUCCGAACAGGCGAUCCAAUACCACCCCGGUGUGUGGCACCAUCCCAUGAUCGCACUGGGCAAAGCACCCACCGACUUUGCGUGCAUCGUCAACGAGUCACCGCUUCACCCGGGGUUGGAUUGCGAUGAGGUCGAGGUGUGA